UGUAAUAAAACAUGGAAGGGUCUUCUCAGAGGGGAAAGGGGAAGGACAAGCAGGUGAAGGAAAGAGAAGAAGUCCGAUUCCGGGGAGUCCGAAGGCGGCCGUGGGGGAAGUUUGCAGCAGAGAUUCGAGACCCGUCUCGGCAAGGUGCCCGGCUGUGGUUGGGAACCUUUGAGACGGCGGAGGACGCGGCGAGAGCUUAUGAUCGAGCUGCAUUUAACCUGAGGGGACACCUCGCAAUCUUGAAUUUUCCAAAUGAAUAUUAUUCUAAGCUCGGAAACAGUCCAUGUGCACCAUUGUCAAUGUCUUUGUCUUCAUCAUCUUCUUCUGGUGUUCCUAGUGAGAGUUUUGAGAGGGGAGGUUCAUCAAUAGGACAAGAUCGAAGGCAUGUCAUUGAGCUUGAGUAUCUGGAUGACAAGGUGUUGGAGGAGCUUCUUGAUGAAUCAGAAGAGGAGAAGAAAUAACAAAUGCCUGACUGAUCCAGACUUGAUGUUUUUCGUUUUCUUUGCUUUUUGUUCUCAGAAAGAAUGAUAAAUAUUGCAAAGGAAAAUUAUACAUGUCUACAUUCUUUCCGCAAAUCAAAUAUGAGUCUCAUUUGAAUUUCAGUUGUUGGAGUUCUCUCUUAAGUAUUGUUCCGUGCAUCAAACCAG